GUUUGGUUCUUUGAAAUGUGUCCCCAUGCUGCAGGGGAGGUCAGUGACAUCACUGCUAAUGUUCAAGUCUUUCUUCGUCUCCACAGUCGGAACCUCCUGUCCAGUUUGCCUCCUUCCAUGUUCCAGCUUCCCCUCCUGCGAGUUCUUAUCGUCAGCAACAACAAGCUGUCCUCUCUGCCCUCGUCCAUCUACUCGCUCACGCACCUCCGACAGCUGGACGUCAGCUGCAACGAGCUGCAGAGUUUACCACCAGAACUGGGUCAGCUGGAGAGUCUGAGGGACUUAAACCUGAGGAGGAACCAGCUCACCACUCUGCCUGAAGAAAUAUCCGAGCUUCCUCUCGUUCGGCUCGACGUGUCCUGCAACAGAAUCUCCCACGUGCCUCUGUGUUACCGCCACCUGCGGCAUCUGCAGACCAUCUCCCUGGACAGCAACCCUUUGCAAAUGCCACCCGCACAAAUCUGCUCCAAGGGCAAAUACCACAUCUUCAAGUACCUGAACAUGGAGGCCUGUAAGAACCACGAGGAGCUGGAGAAGCACCUGAACCUGAGGCCCACUGGAUUCAAAAGCUGGACGUCAGCAGAUGACUUCUCGGAGCGCUCCAUUCAGAUGGCCGAGGCCCACAGGGAGCGGAGCAACCUGGAGGAGGAGGAUGAGGAAGAGGAGCGCCCCCUGGAGGCCAACAAUGUGAACGGAGCAGCUGAGGAGGUCGGCUUCAUCCACAGCAGAGUGAUGGAGGAGGUGGAGGAGGUCAGGAUAGAUCCGCCCACUCCUCCUUUCAGCAUGCCUCCUUCGGUACGGUCACACUCGUCUUCCUCACCUGUUGAUGUUCCACAUGUGCUCAGUUUAGAUCCACUCUGUGACCUCCUUCUCCUCUUCUCUCCCAGAUCCAGUCCCCAAGUUGACGGGAACUCCUUUCCCUCUGCAUCCUCGUCCCCCGUGUCUCCUUCCAGCCCCAACCUGGAGGAGCGGCGGCGGCCCGGCACCCUGUUCAUCUGGCAGGAGAGGGAGCGACUCCAGCAGCAGAGGGAGAAAGCCAGUUUGCUGAAGUCGAGCUCUAAAUCUGGAAGUAAUGCAGCCUCUGCGCCGCAGACAGGAAGCAGCUCAUGUGGUGGAUCUCCAGAGAACGGCAGCGCUCCUUCAGGCCUGCGUCAGAGAUGUGCGAGCGCCGACCAGAUGAGCACAGGAUCCCCGUCUGCGGCUCUGCAUCGCUCCAGCAGCAGAACAGACGUGCCGUCCUCUCCGAAGGCGUCCUCUCCUCCUGGUCACGCUCAGAGGCCCAACAGUUUCCUGUUCCGUACCUCCUCCAGGAGCACCGUCAAACCCACAGGGACCAGCUUCACUCUGGGCGAGUCCGGCAGGAGUGAAUCUCGCACCACGCUGCGUUCGCCGAAAGAGGAGAGACGAGACCUGACGCAAUUACGCAAGACUCUGGAAUCUCGGCUGAAGAUCUCUCUGCCGGAGGACCUGGGCGAGGCUCUGUCCAACGGAACCGUCCUCUGCCAGCUGGUGAACCAGAUCCGGCCGCGCUCCGUCUCCAUCAUCCACAUCCCCUCCCCCGCAGUGCCAAAGCUGAGCUCGGCGAAGUCCAGACUGAACGUGGAAAACUUCCUCAGCGCGUGUCGGAAGCUGGGCGUCCCUGAGCCUGAAAUGUGUGUCUGCUCCGAUGUGCUUCUGUGUAAGCUGCCCGCUGUGCUGCGCUGCGUGGCGGCCUUGCUGGCCGUGGAGCCCGAGGAGGACCGCGCCUCGCCUGCGUCUUCCUCCUCGCUGCUGUCGGCAGACUUCCUGUUGUUUUACUGCUCCGUCAUGGCGCUUCUCUACGCCAUCUACUGCUACCUGCUGACCUAAAGACUGAAGCGAUGGAACCGUGUGCGUUUAGGAGACACAAAGAAACCCCCCCACCCACCCCGUGGUUGAAGAGGGGAACAACGCCUUAACCUGAUGAGGCGUUUUUUUGGAAGCCUGACAUGUUUGGGGUAUUUCCAGUCGAUCAAUCCGUAUUUUUCCACGUUUUUCUGAGUCAGGAUGGAUUUUUUUUUUUUUUUUAAUUCUGCCGUAUAAGAGGCAGAAGUGUUCUAGAUGGCUUUUUUUUUUAAAGCCGGACACGAGGGCGAUGCAACAUCCUGGAUCAGAAAGAUUCAGAUGUAGAAAUGUGGGGAAAGCAUCAGAAUAAAUAAUUAUUCUGCUUAAUUAACGCCGUUUCCUUUUUUUUUUUACUAAUUAAAGCAAUCGGGACGUCUCUAACGAGGCUUCAUGGCCGUUAGGAGACAAACGGGCCCAGAGCAUCACUGCUCCACCCAGCCUAGUCUCUACCGUGUCACGUCACGGUCCCGCCGCAGGGAAACAGGAAGGCAGGGAUCUGAUAACGUUUGAUUUAAGCUGCUCUGGUCCCGCUUUUUCAGCCUCUCUGCUCUUCAUUUUUAGAGCAGAGUUAAAACGUUUAAAGGUUCGUUCUCUGCCAGAGACCGUCUGUGCCUCCAGAGGAGCUUCGGCGUUUUAAUCCCGAGUUUCCAGAAAUAAGAAUGUGAUUUUUUUAAUUUUUUUUUUUUUAAAAGAUCUGAGAUGAAAAGAAAGUUUAUUAAAAGCAGAAGUUGGAUGUUGCCCCUGAGUGAUGCUGUUACCCUGAAACAGCAGCAGGGGGCGGCGUUGCUUCAUCCACGGUACGUCGGCACUGGUCUGUUUACCUGUAUAAAUGUAAAGAGGAUAUUAAGUUAUUGCUUUUAUUUAUUUCUAUUCUGUUCCACUUUUUUUUUUUUUUUUCUCCCAGAAACCUUUUUUAAAAUCUCCCAAACUGAACCAGAUAAAUAUUUAAAGAGUUAAACUAAGCGGUAAACCUUUGAUUUCGGCCCUUUUUUUUUUUUUUUAUCCUCUCGCUGCUCCAUAAGGUCGUCAUGCUGCAGAUAAACUCGCAUUAAAGCCUCAUGAUUUUAUCCAGAACCUUUUAUUUCACCUUAAACAUUAAUAAAUUAAAGCUAUUCAC